UACUCUACUGAUGCUCAGCACUCCUACCUGACAGCCACAUGGUACUUCUAUGACAGCAUGCUUCCAUCCUUCCGAGAACUGACGCUACUGUUCAGUCACCUUCAGCGACGGCGUAGCGCCAAGAAGGUCCUUCACAACUCCCACCACACCCUGCUGUCUGGGCUACGGCCCUACAGCUCCCCCUACCUGUCAGGGGACAGCAGCAAAAUAGGUUUUCGAGACCGGAUGCGGAUGAACAACUCUCGUUCGUCCCAGGCAAUCCGGAGCAAGGCGUCCCCACUGCCUCCCAGGACGAGUUUCCGCCAGUCGCCCAGCACGGAGAAUGUCCCAGAAGCCACCAGUCCCGGGAAGGUGCAGAAGAGCUGGAGCUUCAACGACCGCACGCGGUUCCGCACCUCCCUACGACUCAAACCCAGACCUCCUGCAGACGUGGAAGGAGUAGGGGAGGACAGUGUUGAAGACAAACCAUAUUGUGAUGUAGCCAUGGAGGAGGUGAUCCCAGCAGUGAAGACCUUGAUACGGGCUGUCAGGAUUCUGAAGUUCCUGGUGGCCAAGAGGAAGUUUAAGGAGACUCUGCGUCCGUACGACGUGAAGGACGUCAUAGAGCAGUACUCUGCUGGACACCUGGACAUGCUGGGGAGGAUCAAGAGUCUACAAACCAGAGUGGAUCAGAUAGUGGGUCGUGGAUCGUCCUACCAGCCAGAUAAUAAGAAGGUGAGGAGUGAGAAGGGAGAGAAGACCCCUCCAGAACUGGACCUUCUGGACGAGCUCAGUAUGAUGGGACGGGUCAUUAAGGUGGAGAAACAGGUGCAGUCGAUAGAGAACAAGCUGGACCUUCUGCUUAACUUCUACACCCAGUGUCUGAAGAAAGGCUCGUCCAACUUCACCCUGUCCUCUCUGUUGGAACCAGACCUGACGUCAGACUACCACAGCCCCACGGACCACCGCGACCUCUUCCCCUCUGCCAACACACUCAACAUCUCCCACUCAGAGUCCAGCAAUAUGGAGUGACUGGUAGUGUACUCACUGACUGGGGCUGGGGCUGAGGCUGGGGCUGGGCGGGUAUGAACUGGGCCCACCACUAGACCCUCACCUCAAUGUUUUUAAGCCCUGAGAUGUCAUGUCACUAUACUGGACUGUAGCAGCACUCCCGGAACAACCCUCUAUGCCCAUAUCUCUUUGCAGUUGUAACCCUUGACCUUUCUACUGAUCACCAAACCAAUUUGAUUCCUAACUUAGAAUCCUCUCGCUAGGAAUUCACACUCCACACUUUAGAACCCACACUUAUCAGUUCCUCCCUKCACAUAUUUAAAAUCCUCUGCUCCAUAUGUUAGAGCCACCAAUAGUGGAGAAUUCAUCAUACUAUCCUCUCUCUAUUUUAGUGCUGAGCGAUUAACCGAAAUGUUGGUUAUUGUUCACCAGCGUCGGUUCAAUUAUCUGAAUUCCAUUUCAUUCUGUUUUUAUCUGUGAGCUCAAUGUGCACAUUUCUCUAGAGAUUAAUCAUAUUGACCGAACUGUGCGAUGUAGUAGGGAGUUGUAGUUUCCAACAGGCCAAUGGACUCUACAAGGUAUCGAAAGCGUUCCACAGGGAUGAUGGCCCAUGUUGACUCCAAUGCUUCGGUCAAUCUGGAGGCGAAAGAAACAUACACCUGUUUAGGCGAGGUGCUGGCUAGCGGAGUAGAACACCUGUUUAGGAGAGGUGCUGGCUAGCAGAGUAG